AUGAAGAAGCAACAGCGAAGGCGACAGUCGAGAGCUGCAGACAGUGAUAAGGGUCAUGUUAGCCCCGAGAUUCGGCCUUUUGGGUGGCUGUCUCUCCGCGUGACUGGCGACUCGACGAUAACCUACUGUAUGGAUAUGGUGGCUUCUAAAGUUGGUUAUUUCAAUCAACUUGUUCUAGACCUUCGAGACUCAACAAUGUCAUCAAGCGUCAAUCAUGCAGUGCUAUGGCAAUGUCCUCAGCAACUUAUUAAAUGUGAUCUUUCAGUUCCUCUUACGUGGAACGAUCUGCGUACGUGGAAAUUUGAUGUCGAAAGUCGUGACAUGGAGUUGUUUCUUUUGCGAGACCACAUCUUUCUCUUGACGGAUCUUGUUGCCGAUUGGGCAUCCGGCCCUCCAGCAGAAUACUACACAUUCGUGCCAUUCAUCUACAAGUUGAGCCUUUCUUUUGUAAACCUACAAUUGUUUGUGAAUGUCAAUGACAUGAAUAUCAUCAGUAACCCAUCUGAUCUGGACGACAAUCGCCUACUGGUGAUCAAGGGCGAGAGAUUGACCUCUGAUGUUCUGAUCCCUUUGAACAAAUAUAAACCAGAGCACAAUACCGUGAGCUUCAAUGUCCGUCUUCAGGAUGCUGGUAUAGAUUAUUUGAGCCCGUUGUGGGAUACUCUUCACACUUUCAUGCAAGGUAAAUCGGCCGCCACGCUAGAGACGAUGUCCAUUGAAGGGUCUUACAGCUAUUACCUUUCUACCUCGUCUGAGUUGACCGACACUUUAUUCCUAAAUAUCGAGGGUUUAUCCCCUAAGCUUUACUUGUUUGGAUUCUUGAUUCGUUCAUUUAUGACAAUCAAGGAGAAUUACUUUGGGGAAGAAAUGCAUUUCAAGACUCUCGAAGAAUUCCAGGACCUCGCCUACGCGAAGGAACCCUCGGAGUCACACAACGGAAUCAACCCUAAUAGGAAAUCGAACGAUCUGGAUGUUAUAGUGCAUGUAACCGUGGAUAGUCCCUGUGCUCUGCUCCCAGAAAACUUGUAUGACCGCCUGAAGUGCCUAAGGCUCACUGCUCCUUCUUUGGAGAUCGACCUGCGAUUUACCAACUACUACAUGGAUUUGGAGUUUUCAAUCGCUCCUUUAAAAGUCGGGCUGGAGUCCCACCUGGCAGACAAAACUGCCAGGAUAUCUGACUCCCAACUUUUCAUCGAUGGAGUUUCUGUUCAUGGUCAUCGCUUGUUUGGACUCCCCCCUGCCGAGCCAACGUAUCUCUGCAACUGGGAUUUCAAGCUAGGUCGAGUGAUUGGAGAAUGCUCGACGGAGUUCUUAUCCUGUUUAGGGCCAGCAUUGAAGAGUUUUGACUUCUCUUUCGAUAACGAAGAGAAUGCUCUGCAUCCAUUAUUUCCCCUUGCUCUACACGACGUUACGUUUCUUAGAGCGAAGAUCGGUAUGAUUCAUGUCUCUGUGCUUCUAGACAAGGCAGCCUUCAUACUGAGCUCUGGGCCGGUGACAACGACAUUUAACGACUGGACAAAUGCCAAAUUUUCAAAACGGAUGAGUCUUCUUGUUCCUGAGCUCGUUAUCGCUGCAGUGGAUAAUGAACUCGUUGGUCGACUGGGGAGUCCAAACAGCCCUGAGGUGGCUCCUUUAGCGCUCUUUGAGACAACGAUCAAGCUGAGAAUGGCUCAGCGAAAGAACGACAUAGUGGAAAGCCGAAAAUUACAGCAGGAGCACAUCAAAGUGCAUGAUCAAAGGACACAGAGAACACCAUGGCUGUUAUUUAACUGGGAGGAAGUUGAUCCUGAUUCAACGCACCUUAAUGAUGAUCACUUCACCCUACCGACUAUUGCUAUACCUGCUAUGCCCGAACCUGUUCUUAGACACAUGAGCAUGAGACACCUAUCCACAAAGAGAAGUGUAUUCUCCGACGGCAGCAGUUUCACAAGCUCCGAAGGUUUCCUUGUCUCCUCAGAUGCCCCAAGCGUGCAACGUGGACGCAGAAGAGGAGACCGUAGCACCAUCUACACCUCAAGUUUGGCAUCAAAAGAAGGACAGCGCCAUACCUCGUUUCAGGAUACAGGGCCCAGUCACACCAACCAUUCGGCUGCAGAACAGAAGAAUCCAUCCACCAUUGUUCCCAAUUCGUCAAAUCCUUGGGCCAUGCCUGAUUUCUCACUUUAUAAAGUCAACCUGGAUACCUCACAAUUGCCCUCACGUCACAUCUCUAGUGAUGACAUCCGCCCAUAUGACUUAUUCGUGACAAAGUUCGAUCCUCAGUUCUCGCCUUUUGCAGAAGACAAGACAACCCAUACUAACUUCGCAGUCGAACUACCCAAUGGUGUCCGGGGCAGUUGUACCCCCGACUUUCUUUUCAUGUUAUCAUCCUUGAUUGAAGGACUGCAAGCUAAACACCCAACUAGCAUCAUUGAUUCGCUCCAAAAGGAUGUUAUAUCCGACAUUGUAGGUUACGAAAAGUCACUGAAAAAUCCAAGGAAAUCGACAAGCGUUGCAAUUCGAACCCCGGUAAUACUUGUGAAGCUGAUAAACUUAUCUGACGCCUCUAGCAAAUACGAAUCCGGUUUCCAGGAUGAGUAUAGGGUUGAGAUCGCUCAUUUGAAGACAGAAAUCAGGACAGAAGUUGAGAGAGAGAAAGGCGAUCUUCUUGCGGGAAUAAGAAAAAGUUCCACCGUUCAUGCCGCCGCCGAGAGUCUUUCAGUAUCCGUUGAGGGUACUCGAGCUGAUGCAUAUCAAGAAAGGGCUGAACUCACCUGCCUCUUUGGUGACAUGAACUUUUGGCUUGUGACAAAGCCAAUGAUAAAAUCGAACUUCCAGGCUCGAGCUUUCGACACUGUCACUUUCACAAAAUCUGUGGAACAUCUUGCUCAUCUAGUUCGUCGUACAACCACAAUGUUUGACUCUGUUACCUCCUCUCUACAACAUAGUUCGUCCCUGGAGGACAAACGCCUACGGCUCCUUAUAUAUUUCCUUACUCAACCAGCUACCACCAUACCCGAUCCCGCGUUCCUUACACGGAUCUCAUCCGUACUCAGAGUUGCACCUACACACUUACGACAGCACGAUUCUUGGAAGAUAAUCUCUCGGAUACGUAAUGUAUACAAUAAUUUGCACCCUCACCAGAAGGAAGAGUUGGCUUCAAGAUGUCUCAACGAUGAUCUUUCAUUGCCACCAGACGCCAGAACUACUGUUCUCUCCAACCUUGAUGAAUGGAGGGCUUGGGACCUGGCGCAUGUUGGGAAGAGUUACGUCAUGCAAAGAGUAUGGAGUUCCUUCGUACCGAAAAUGGAGGGUACACCAGCGCCAGCAUUCUUCUCUUCCACUGUGAAGUUACUUCGAUUCUCUAUUGAUCCCGGACCAAAGGAAAGUGAUUUCGUGGUUGAGGAUUUGUCGACAGUUUUAUCUAUCAACCCACAGGAUGGGACUCCUUCGGACGCCGAGGCAAGGCCGACGAACCUGACGAUUGUGCAGUCUUACUGCUCUUCUAUCAGUCUCCGACUGCGAUGGGAGAUUCUCGAGUUAGUAGAAGGAUUGUUACGGACAAUGUCUACAGUGACCUUGGAAUCCACUACACCAGCCCAAGGUUCGUGUACCGAGCCAAAGGAAUCCAACGAGCUGCAAGUCGUGCUUGGCGCAGAUGUUGGGUCCAUAAAUCUUGAUGGUAUCAAUGCCAAACUUGCGUUCAAUGGGCGAGGCCUGAGAAGCUCGGUUGUUCAGAAACUAGACGGCACCGGGGGUCCAGACUGUCUGAGUGCCCUAAUAAGCGCGCAAGCGUGCUCCUCCGAGCUAUCAGAUCUCUCUAAAGUAAUUAUGUCAUGGAAGAUUGGUGACCCUCAUUUGUAUUGUUCGCGUGUCUCUGAGGAAAAAGAAGGAGAGCUGGGAAAUGAGUGGAAAAUUGCUGGCUCAAGCAAGAGACUGCGAUAUGAUAUGAGUGAAGACCCGUUGAGCCUCGCACACAUUGCGGACCGACUUAUAGAAGAUGAAGUUCGGUAUAUUCAUCGGCUUGUCAGCAACAUAAACCCCUCGGCUCACCGAUCCAGUGAGGGUAUUUCAACGGCAAGAAAGCCCGUCUGCAACAAAUUCCAUAUCGCCAUGUUCUUAGGUGAUUAUCGACUCAGUUUCCGUAUCUUGCCGUCCUUAACAUACGUGAUUUCUGGAGAAGUGGCACGCACAUCUAUGGCACCGACUAUGGGAUCAAAAGUUGAAGUGGAUUUCGACUUAAAAAGAAAUUUGCACACCUUCCUGUCCAACAACGGCAAUGGAUGGCACCCUCUAUCGGUGUUAGAAAUACCACCUAUCAACGGUCGAGUUGUUGCGAACAUGUCUUCAGUCCGUAUGGAUAUGGAGGUUGACGUUACAAUUGAGCUCAUCCAACUAGAGGCCAGCGCUGUACGAAGCCUUCUGGGCGCCUUAACAAAACCGGAAUUUUCUCAUUUAAUGUCCGAUCUUAAACAAAAUAUGGAAACUCUACAACUGCAUCUAAACGAUGCUCUUGCUCUUGAUAAAGGACCCCCACGACAAAAGGAACCCUCAAGUGGUCACAGUGUACUGUAUAAGGCGCGCAUGACAAUGGCAGGCACGAAGAUCCAUGCCAGUGCUCCUGCUAUCAAUGGGAAAAAGUAUUCGGCAGACAUGGACAUCAGUCUUGGGAUGAUACGCAUGCACCUCAACAAUGGCCUGGAACAAGGGCACCCCAUGGAACACCCAGACUUCCACGUCGACACGUCUAAUAUCAGCUUCGAUUUACGAAAGCAGGAGGCUACAAUUAGUCGCUCAUAUUGCAGUUUCAUCAUCGACGCUAAGCUCCAGGGCACUUCGAUGUUACGCGAGAACGGUGAGGCCAGACGUGUAUUCCAUUUCAGCAGUAAAAGAUUCGAUGUCGAGCUAUUCCCUGAGACGGCUGCGCUAGUAGUUGAUAUGGCAACCCACCUUCAAGAGCGCAUCAAAACUUUGGAUCUCUCUCAUGAGGUCAGGCGUUUCAAGAAACUACGAAGACGAGGCAAUGCAGUACCGAGAGUUCCGAGCAUACAGGUUAAUGAUGACUCCCGCUCGGAGGACCUAUUCAGCGCCAUGUUUUCGUUAGACCUGAACUUGAUUCAGGUUGGCUGGAAUAUGUCUACCGCUCCCCUACCUACAUCUGGGCGCAAACCUGAUGAUUUGGUUUUCUCUAUCAGGCGCCUGGAGCUAUCCAAUAAGAGAACCAAUACUGCGAAGCUACGUAUCGAAGACAUGCAGCUGCAGAUGGUGCCGUAUUCGGGCAAUAGGCGAAAGCGUUCUCUUAAUUCGGCUUUAUUGCCCGAGCUGGUCUUCAAUGUAGCAUAUUCUUCAUCAGGUCAGGAAGUUCGACUGGCCUUUCAGGCGGCUGGAAAAUCUCUUGAUAUACGAGCUACGUCUGAUUUUAUACUACCGGGAAACAUGAUACGAGACUCCAUUGCGGCUUCCAGCCGAAUUAUCCGCGAGGCUAAUUCUACACUGGUGUCGAAAUCCUCUGAUGAUAACCCCAAACCCCGCGCACUUUUUGGUAACAAACGCUUCCGCUCCGUGCUAGUAGAUGUGGAUUUCGCUGGUGCUAUUGUGUCUCUGCAAGGGAGACAUACGGGUGAUCAGCAGACUCUACUGACAGCUACUCUGAAAGGAAGGAGACUGUCUGAG